CCAGCAGACAGAUUUCAACAAAGAUGCAGUGCAGUUAUGGUGUAACUAACCAAUCCUGGCAAAAGUAUUUUCAGAGAUGAGGUGUGAGGAGAGCUGCAGCAUUUUCUACGGAAGACUGAAAUUCCAUUUCCAAGGGCCGAAAGUGAAAGUUUCCUUCUGUGAUUUGUAAACAUUAUCGAGGUUGUCUAAAAGUCGAAAGGUCAAAAUUUUUUCAAAAUACAUCGAGAUUUUUUUCUCAUGUAAAACACAUUCGCUAGUAUUUUUUAAUACUAAAAAAUAGAGAUUAUUUUUAUUGUAUGUUUACUUUCACAAUGCAUGAUCUGUUGAAAUUGAAAUGACCCAAUGAUCAAGCUGCCUGGGCUCCCCUUUGAUAAGUCCUAUCUGUAAAUCCGAAUGUAGUUGAGUGUCGUAAAUGUGUCUUGCUGGUCUGUCGAAAACUACUUUGUGAUGUCACUUAAAUAUCACUCUAGUUUACUAGCUAUGAAAUAAUUGACGUAAGAUCAAAGUUCAUACAAAGGAGAACGCAGUCAUGCUAAGAUUUUUUAGUACGUUUCCACCCUUGAAUAAAUUACCGAUUUUUAGUAGACUAAAGAGCAAUAUUCCAAUAAUGCAACAUGUACUAAAAAUAACGUCUCUCAAACUAAAUCAACAGCCACUUCCCAAACAACCUGUGCCAGACUUGGAAAAAACUGCAGAAAGAUAUUUGAAGACAUUAAAGCCUUUAUUGAACGAAGAAGAAUACUGCAAUACGGAUAAAGUCGUACGAAAGUUUAUUAGCGAAGAUGGGCUUGGACCUUCUUUGCAUAAAAAAUUACAGGAGAGAUACGAGAAGACUGAAAACUGGAUGGGCGUAUGGUGGUUGAAAGCAGCCUAUCUGGGUUACAGAAUGCCUGUAAUUGUGCAUUCUAGUCCUGGAACUGUCGCCCCACGUCAAGGCUUUAAAUCGGCUGAAGAAAUGUAUACAUUUGCAGCUAGACUUGUUGAAGCGGUUUGCAACUACAACGCCAUGGUAAAAAGUGGGAAAAUGAAACAAGAAAUGGUUCGAAAAGACCCACUUGAUAUGCUACCCUAUGGAAUGAUUCUUGGUACUCACCGUCAGCCUGAUCGAGGACUCGACAAACUUUUGCAUACAGACCAUGCGAAGCAUAUUGUAAUCAUUUGUAAUAAUCACUUCUUCAAAUUGAAUAUUGUGGACGGUAGCGGUAAAUCUUUAAACGAGAAUCAGCUCAAAGCCACAAUUAAAGAUAUUGCCAAACGAUCUUGCACUGCAGAGAAUGCAGUUGGAAUUUUGACGGGAGAUAGCAGAGAUACGUGGGCAGAAAAUCAUGCCAUACUUAAAGAUAUUGGUUCAAAUUCCAAUGUUCUCAAAGACCUGGAAUCUUCUCUAUUUGUUCUCUGCUUGGACAAAGAACUGCCGAAAGAUGCGUUUAAAUCUAAGAAUUAUGCGUCUGUGAGAUCAGUUCAAACUAUGACUGGUUUUAGUUCUUGCACAAAUGCUGGAAAUAGGUGGCACGAUAAAACUGUACAGUAUAUAGUCUCUCCUGGUGGCUAUUGCGGAAUGGAAUACGAACACAGUCCUUGUGAAGGAGUUCCUGUCGCUGUUCUACAUGAUUUUGUUCUAAACCAAGUUGCACGUAAAUCAGAAACAAAAUGUGAAGAUACUACGAAUUUUCCUAAAGCUGAAGAAUUGAAAUUCAUACUGAAUGAUAAACUGGAGGAAGCAAUUAAAGAAGCAGCGCGUGGAGUAGACAAAUUGUCUGAAAAUAUUGACAUGGAGUGCUUCACGUUUGAAGACUUUGGGACCGAUGAGAUAAAGAAAUGUAAACUUAGUCCGGAUAGUUUCAUACAAAUUGCAAUGCAAGUGACUUUUUAUAAGUUACAAAAGAAACCUCCUGCUCAUUACGAGUCUGCAGCGCUUCGUAGAUUCAUAAGUGCGAGAACAGAGUGCAUUAGAUCCACCAGCACCGAAUCGGUUGCAUUUGCGAAGUUAAUGAUCUCGGAUUGUGGAUCCGAUAGUGAGAAAAAGGAGGCGUUGACCAAAGCCAUUAAUGCUCAUAAACAAUCAGCCGGAGAGGCAGCUGCGGGUGAAGGAAUUGACAGACUUUUCUUCGGUCUCAAGAUGAUAGCCAUUGACGAAAAAAUCGAGUUGCCUGCAUUUUAUAAAGACGUUGGGUGGACCAGAAGCACGCACUUUACUCUAACUUCCAGCCAGGUGCCUUUCAAGACUGCUUCAUUCAUGUGUUAUGGGCCAGUUGUUCCCGAAGGUUACGGAUGUUGUUACAAUCCCCGGCCAAAGGACAUUCUCUUCGCCUGUUCUUCUUUCCAAGACUGUCCAGAAACCUCUUCUAAAGCUUUCGCAGAGACUUUACGAGAAAAUUUGUGCAAUAUGAAAAAAGUCGCUGAACAAUAACCCCGAGAAAAGAAUUUAAAGAGCUAUAUUCGCGUCCAAUGCGAAUUCGACCUAAAGGUCGUCUGUGGAUUUUGGUUUUUACUUUUAAUAUAUUUCUACAAAGAUUCUAUAAGAAAAAGUUAAUAUACAUAUAUUCAGACUUUUAUAUAAAAUAUAAAAGUUAAAAAAAAAUCUCAGAAUGAGUUUUUAUGUUCCCCUACCGAUAGAAAUCUCUGAUUAUUCUCAAGCGAAAUAGCCUGGCCCAUUUGAGUCUAUAAGCAGAGUCGAUUGGAAUGAUUUAGUCUCGGAGAUAGUCUGAGGGGUGCACCCCAAAGGAGCGCGAACUACCUGGAAUCCUCCUUCCAGUGGGAUCCUUACACCUGUCUCGGCGCGCUUAGUCGCCGGGAUUGUCGGAGAGCAUGACCCUAAUGACCCUACAUCACCUCCGAUUACCGUUCCAACUUAUUCACUUAAAAUUUAAAAAUAACUGAUUCAAACUAUUUGGAAGUCAUUUUUUGGGAAUCUAUGGGCUUUCACGAGUCCAGGGGUAUGUCAUUUCUCAUAGACAGACAAAAAUUAAAUAUCAACAUUCCCUCAUUUAAUUGCGAAAAUAUGUAGAUUCGGACAAUUCCUAUUUUUAGUCAGAAAUUUGGAUUUAACAUUAUGAAUAACGUAGUCAUAAAUGAAUACCUUCAGAUCUAAAGAAAUCUUUGAAAAGAUAAAGUUUUCUAGAUUUUUCUAUUGUUUAAUACUGUCUGUAUAUCGACAAUAGCCUUAUUCAAAUUUCUGUCUGAAAAUAGAAAUACUCGGAAUCUACAUAUUUUCACGAUUGAAUGAGGAUUGUUGAUAUUUAAUUUUUGUCUGUUCAUGAGAAAGGACAUACCCCUGGACUCGUGAAAGCCCAUAGAUUCCCAAAAAAUGACUUCUAAAUAGUUUGCAUCAGUUAUUUUUUAAUUUUAAGGGCAUAAGUUGAAACGGUAAUGGGAGGUGAUUUAGAGUCAUUAGCGACAAUAGAUUCUGCGCUCCAACAAUCGCGGCGACUAAGCGCGCCAAGACAGGUGUGAGGGGUAAGGGUCCCACUGGAAGGGGAAGGAUCACAGGUAGCUCGCGCUCCUUUGGUCAUCGCCCAGUCUGAGAGAUUUGAGUCCUUUUCAAGGUCCUUUUAGUGUUCGUUUUAAGAGUGCUGCGACGGUAAUAUAAUGUUCCUUUUGUAUUCGUCACGUACCGGGCGGACAUAGUUAUUUACAGUAGUUGGCCGUCGCUAAU